UGGUAUAUAGCCGACAGACUCCUGUUCCACCCUUUCGCCAGUGGAGUUCCAUUGCUGCUUCUGCACCUCAUCGGGCAGACGGGAAUACAAACACAAGCAAAAGCUGGCAGGCUGACACGACCGGCGGCUUUACAGGACGGAUUAUCUGGUAACUGACCAUUUAGCUGUGGCACACUCAGACUCCGUGUAAGCGUGUGAGGGAUUUCGACCAUGAGCUCAGUCGCUGUACUUACGCAGGAAAGCUUCAACGAGCACCGCAGCGGCCUUCUGCCGGAGCAGGCUGCAGGGUCCAGCGGUGCAGGAGAUGAGGACCUCCCCACCUACAAGGAUGCCUUCCCCCCCCUCCCUGAGAAGGCCUCCUCCCCCGAGGCUACCCAGGAUGCUGGCAAUGCCUGGACCACCAAGAUACGGCCCCUUAAGUCCUCCGUCAUCACCCAGGUUUUCCAUGUGCCUUUGGAGGAGCGCAAGUACAAGGACAUGAAUCAGUUUGGGGAGGGAGACCAGGCCAAGGUGUGUGUGGACAUCAUGCACAAGACUGGCGCCCACCUGGAGCUGUCAAUGGCGAAGGACCAGGGCCUCUCCAUUAUGGUGUCGGGCAAACCAGACGCCGUCAUGAAGGCCCGCAAGGAGAUCGUGUCCCGACUGCAGACUCAGGCUUCAGCAACCGUGGCCAUCCCCAAGGAACAUCACCGCUUUGUCAUCGGUAAGAGCGGGGAAAAGCUGCAGGAGCUGGAGCUGAAGACGGCCACCAAGAUCCAGAUCCCCCGACCUGACGACCCCAGCAACCACAUCAAGAUCUCCGGUACCAAGGAAGGACUCGAGAAGGCCAAGCACGAGAUACUGCUCAUCUCCGCCGAACAGGACAAGCGUGCCGUGGAGCGUGUGAACAUGGACAAGGUGUACCACCCCUUCAUCACGGGCGCGUACAACAAGCUGGUGGCCGACAUGAUGCAGGAGACUGGAGCUCGCAUCAACGUGCCGCCGCCCAGCGUCAACAAGACUGAGAUCGUCAUCACCGGGGAGAAGGAGCAGGUGGCCCUCGCCGUCGCCAUGAUCAAGAAGAUCCACGAGGAGAAGAAGAAGAAUGCGACCACCAUCGCGGUGGAGGUGAAGAAGUCUCAGCACAAGUACGUGAUCGGACCAAAGGGCAACACCUUGCAGGAGAUCUUGGAGAAGACGGGCGUCUCGGUCGAAAUCCCCCCCACAGACAGCAGCUCCGAGACCGUCAUACUCAGAGGAGAACCCGACCGCCUGGGACAGGCCCUCACAGAGGUCUACGCCAAGGCGAACAGCUACACUGUGUCUGCGGUCUCGGCUCCCUCUUGGCUCCAUCGCUUCAUCAUCGGCAAGAAAGGACAGAACCUGGCUAAGAUCACUCAGCAGUGGCCCAAGGUGCACAUCGAGUUCACUGAGGGGGAGGACAAGAUCACUCUGGAGGGCCCCACCAAAGACAUGCAGAUGGUGCAUAGCCAGAUCGAGGCCAUCGUCGCAGACCUGGUGAGCCGUAUGGACUACACUGAGAUCAGCGUGGACCCCAAGUUCCACCGACACCUGAUUGGCAAAGGCGGAGCCAACAUCAACCGCAUUAAGGAGCUGCAUAAGGUGUCGGUGCGUAUCCCUCCCGAUAACGAGAAGAGCAACCUGAUCCGCAUCGAGGGAGAUCCACAGGGAGUCCAGGAGGCCAAGAAGGAGCUGCUGGAGCUGGCGUCACGCAUGGAGAACGAGCGUACAAAGGACAUGAUCAUCGAACAGCGUUUUCACAGAGCCAUCAUCGGGCAGAAGGGAGAAAAGAUCAAGGAAGUCAGGGACAAGUUCCCCGAGGUGAUCAUCAACUUCCCUGACCCCGCGACCAAGAGCGACAUCGUGCAGCUGAGGGGACCUCGCAAUGAGGUGGAGAAAUGCACCAAGUUCAUGCAGAAGAUGGUGGCCGAGAUGGUGGAGAACAGCUUCUCUGUCUCGGUGCCCAUCUUCAAGCAGUUCCACAAGAACAUCAUUGGCAAAGGAGGAGCCAACAUCAAGAAGAUCCGUGAGGAGACGAACACUAAGAUUGACCUGCCGGCGGAGAACAGCAACUCUGAGAUGAUCAUCAUCACUGGCAAGAAGGCCAACUGUGAGGCCGCUAGGACCAGAAUACUGGCCAUCCAGAAGGAACUGGCCAACAUCACAGAGGUGGAGGUGUCCAUCCCCUCUAAGCUGCACAACUCCCUGAUUGGGUCUAAGGGUCGCUUCGUGCGCUCCAUCAUGGAGGAGUGUGGUGGCGUGCACAUCCACUUCCCCACCGAGGGCUCCGGCAUCGACGCAGUCACCAUCAGGGGACCCGCUGAGGAGGUCGACAAGGCCAAGAAACAGCUGCUCUCAUUGGCUGAGGAGAAGCAAACUAAGAGCCACACGGCUGAGCUAAAGGCCAAGCCUGAGUACCACAAGUUCCUGAUCGGCAAGGGCGGUGGAAACAUCCGGAAGGUUCGGGACAGCACGGGGGCGAGGAUCAUCUUCCCCACCGCCGAUGACAAGGACCAGGAACUGAUCACCGUGGUGGGAACCGAGGAGGCCGUCAGAGAGGCCCAGAAGGAACUGGAGGCCCUCAUCAGCAGCCUGGAUAACGUGGUGGAGGAGCACAUGACUGUGGACCCUAAGCACCAUCGCUACUUCGUGGUGCGACGCGGCCAGGUGCUGAGGGAGCUGGCGGAGGAAUACGGUGGCGUGAUGGUCAGCUUCCCCCGUACUGGUACCCAGAGCGAUGACGUCACACUCAAGGGAGCCAAGGACUGUGUGGAGGCCGCCAAGAAACGUAUGCUGGAGAUCAUCGAAGACCUGGAGGCCCAGGUGACCAUGGAGUGCAUCAUCCCCCAGAGGUUCCACCGCUCCAUCAUGGGUCCCAAGGGCUCUCGCAUACAGGCCAUCACCCGCGAACACAACGUGCAGAUCAAGUUCCCCGAGAGAGAGGACCCUCAAGCCCCCCCAGCGGAGGCCCCUGUGCCCCAGGAGAAUGGCGAGGCAAACGGAGAGCCCAAGGAGCCCGUAGACCCUGCCGCCCCCAAGAAGUGUGACAUCAUUGUGCUGUCCGGACGCAAGGAGCGCUGUGAGGCCGCCGUAGAGUCCCUGAAGGCCCUGGUGCCGGUGACCAUUGAGGUGGAGGUGCCUUUCGAACUGCACCGCUACAUCAUUGGCCAGAAGGGCAGCGGAAUCCGCAAGAUGAUGGACGAGUUCGAGGUCAACAUCCAAGUGCCUGCCCCUGACCUCCAGUCUGACAUCAUCUCCAUCACGGGUCUGUCCAACCACCUGGACAGGGCCAAGGAGGGACUGCUCGAGCGCGUCAAGGAGCUGCAGGCCGAGCAGGAGGAUAGGGCCCUGAGGAGCUUCAAGCUGACCAUCACUGUGGACCCCAAGUAUCAUCCCAAGAUCAUCGGCCGCAAGGGGGCCGUCAUCACACAGAUCCGCACCGAGCAUGACGUCAACAUCCAGUUUCCCGACAAGAACGAUGAGAACCAGGACCAGAUCAACAUCUCGGGCUACGAAGCGAACGCAGUGGCAGCUCGGGACGCGAUCCAGGCCAUCGUGGACGAUCUGGAGGAGAUGAUCAGUGAGGAUAUCACCCUCGACGCUCGCGUACAUGCUCGCAUCAUCGGGGGUCGCGGCAAGGGCAUCCGCAAGAUCAUGGACGAGUUUAAGGUGGACCUGAGGUUCCCCCAGAGUGGUGCUGCGGACCCCAACCAGGUGACGGUGACGGGACGUCCAGAGAUGGUGGACGAGGCCAUCGACCAUCUGCUCAACCUGGAGGAAGAAUAUAUGGCUGAUGUGGUGGAGAACGAGUCGCGUAUGGCCUACAUGAAGCCGCCCAGCUCAGGAGGAGCUGCUGAGGAGUCUCGCGGACCCUCCAAGGGCUUUGUGGUGCGGGAGGCUCCCUGGGCCAGCGCCAGCGAGAAGGCCCCUGACAUGAGCAGCUCGGAGGACUUCCCCAGUUUCGGGGCGGCCCCGGCCGCUGGCCCCCCAAAGCCCUCCCCCUGGGGCCCCAAGCGCUUCUGAACACCUUAAACGACCACGGACCGGCUUUUCAAACUUCUCUCGAUGACAUCCCCAUAACCCCCCUCCACCCCACCCUCUAAAACCCAAACUCCCCUACCUCUCCCCCUCGCUCUGAUGAAGACUGAUCGAUCCCAGACACUGACUCUCUUCCUCCCCCAAAUCCCAACAGCCCUACCCGACCCAUCCCAUUGGAAGAUGCUGUAAACAAACAAACUCCGGUUUGACGGGCCGAGUGUCCGUCUGCGCCUUUACAACCCAACACUCAGUGUAGUGUGCGUGUGCGUGUGUGUGUGUGUGUGUGUGUGUGUGUGUGUGUGUGUGUGUGUGUGUGUGUGUGUGUGUGGUGAUGCAGUAACACUCUCAGUGGUUAUAUAUGUAUGAUGCAGUAAUGUGAGGAAGGAGGGGGAUGGGCGGCCCAAAACUAGGUGUGGACAGAAUGCCUCCUGUGACUCCAUGGUGAUUGGUUCAUGCUUCAGGUGUGCACCUCUCUACUCUUACUCUACCUGUUCCACAUACUACCUGCUCUAUCUACUUGUGGGCAGGUAACCUCCCCCACGACGCUUCUUUCUUUACCUCGGCUCUGCACAUUUCAGGAAGGAAUCACAAGCUAGCAUGAAAUGAAAUUUAAAAAAUAAACAAACUAUAAGAAGAUGGGCCACUGCAGCAGGCGUUGAAUCCUGCAUACGGUUUUGGGCCUCAGUCGUACGUGUGCGUGCGAGUGUGUUGGCCAGUUGGCUUGCGAGAGGGCUGAACAUGUUGGCCUUUGCUAACUGUGUUAGUCAGCAAGCUAGCUGUGUGGGCGUGUUUGGAGAGUGUGAGAAGGGGCUGUUGGGCUGACUAAGUGAAGCUGCUGUGUUCUUAGUUGCCUUGUGUGGUGAGUGUGUGUCUGUUGGAGAAGACCACCUAUAUUACCUCUAUUGGAAGACAGACAGACAUGCACCUCCUGGUCAAACGCUAAGAUGGCCCCCACUAUGAGAUGGCUGCCUUUACGUUGAUCACACUUAUUCCUGCUCAUCCCCUCUUGUCCUCGCAUUCCCUGUGUGUGUGUGUGUGUGUUUAGGUGUGUGUGUUUGAGUGUGUGUUUGAUGUUACAUUCAUUUCUGUGGUCCUCCCCCUCUAGUACUCCUUUGUGUGCGUGUGUGUAUGUAUGUGCCGGUGCUGUUGUAGUCCUUUUUGCUCGUGAGCAUUUUCAUGCAGGUGAGGGGGGAUCGAACUCAAACUUUCUACCAGAACGGUUGUUCACUACAGUGUGCUACGUGUUGAAACUGCCAGAUGCUUUGGAGACCAACAGAGGGCCAUCAGUAGACCCUGCCUGCCCCAGACACUAGGCCCCUUUACCCCUUCUCCGCAGGGCAUCUUUACCCCCCCCCCCCCCCCCCUCUACCCACACUAGUCCCCCCUGGUACCCCACACUACUCUCUCCAGAGGUGUUCUCUCCUUCUAUACUUUUAUAUUUACAUUGCUGAAUCAUGUUGGCGGAGAGACAAAAGAAAAAAGAGAAACUUGUGGAGGAAAAAAAACACAAAGCAAAACCAUUUAGUGCCAAUGAACUCCCCUAAUAAGUUACCGUGCUAUUCCCGUGUCCUCUCGUGUCCCAUCGUCCGUCGCUAGCGGGUCAGUGUCCCAGUGUCCCCCGUGCCCCGCCCCUUUUGUUGUCUUCCAGUUGCUAUGCACAGGUUACCAUAGCAGCGUCCCUCCUCAAUAGCCUUACUUAAUGAUGAGAAUUAUGCAAAAACACCAGAGAAACAAGGAGACUAUCAUGGAUAACACUGGAAUGAAAUUGUCCAAAAAAAAAGUCAAUAAAAAUUGAAAACUGAAAAGCC